GUUAACAGUUAACUUAAACGUAAACUGUCCGAGGUCCGGGGUCCGGUACUGGUCAGUGUUGGUGUUUUAAAGACUGCCCAAGUAUGAAGUUUCUAUAAUCAGACAAUGAGUGAAACUCAGGUCGCACCCCAGUUUGUGGGGUCGACGUUCUUUGCCAUGCGACACUCGGGAGAGUUGUGCGGCAGCAACGGUCUCCCCUUGACACCGAACUCCAUAACCAUCCUUGGCCGAUCCCAGUACCUCAAGACCCUGACACAUCCGAAUUUGUGCUCGUAUUUGGAUGUCAUCCGAGGAAAACAUGAGAGAUCCAUAGUGGUGUCUGAGUACCAUGGGAGAAUGCUACCUCAGGCUUCAGUCAAAUCACUGGGUCAGGUGAUGAGGUUGGCCCGUGAGGUUCUGGAGGGUCUCAGCUACCUCAACAGCCGAGGUCUGGUCCACCGCAGUCUAUCCCCGGACAAUAUCCUGAUCGCAGAUGAUGGAAAGGCUCAGCUCUUCAACUACGGCCUGUAUUACAUGACUGGUGGCGGUGCUGAUGUCUUGUUUCCAAUCGGGUCACCCAAGUACAUGGCUCCAGAAGUGUUCCUGUUGCAAGGGAGAGGACAGUCCAGUAUAAAAGUGGACGUCUGGUCCCUUGGCAUGAUCUUGACUGAACUUCUGCUGGGCCAGAAACUGUGGGCCAACCUCAAGCUGGGCCAGAUUCUACGCAAAAUAUUGUCCCUUCUCCACUGUGACACUACUACUCUGGAGAGAUUGGCUAGGGAGGCAGAUAAACUGGCUGUUUUUGAGUCUCUGCCAGAGAGUGUAAAAGAUUUUAUCAACUCCUGCCUUCAGACUAGUCCAAGCUUAAGGCCCACCCCAGCUCAGCUCCUCAAACACGAAGUUUUCUCUCAGGAGUUUGAGCCUGAAGUUCUGUCGCCCUCCACUAUCAUCGAUCAAAGAGUGAAGAAUUGGAGGAACAAUCUGCUAAGUGAGAGGCCUCUGCAGGAGCUGUACUACCUGUGGCGGCUGGCAGGGGGCGACCUGCAAGCGGAACUGAAGAAACAGGGUCUGGUGCGCUCUAAACCUCCUAUACUUUCAUUACCAAAUCUUGUACUACUGGAAGGUACUGCGUUUGGACAGAGCCGAGACCAGGCAACCCUACUGGACCUGAGGGUGGUACCGUUGCCCCUGGACACUCUGGUUCAGAGACUCUCCCAUCUGCCUCUCACUGUGUUCUAUCCACUCACAGAGACCAAAUCUGCUAUCUUGGGUGUGGAAGAGCAGAGUGAUGCAGCCUCACUUCCUUUAGUCAUCCGAGAGCGAGACACAGAGUAUCAGUUCCGAAGAGUGGUCCUGUGCGAUCGCCUCUUGAAGGGAUACCCGUACAAGAAGGCAGCCAUAUUGAAGGAGGCCCAUAAGGACGUCCCACCAUUGUACAGGGGAGAGUUGUGGGCCGUGCUGCUGGGAGUGGUUGGAGACAUAGACUCACAGUACACUGCCAUCGACAAAGAAACUGUCACUGCCACUGAUAGACAGAUAGAAGUAGACAUUCCUCGCUGCCACCAGUACAAUGAGCUGCUCUCGUCCCGUGAGGGACACCGCAAGCUCAAACGCGUUUUGAAGGCGUGGGUGGUCUCCCAUCCCCAGUACGUAUACUGGCAAGGUCUUGACUCACUAUGUGCACCUUUUCUCUACCUCAACUUUAAUAAUGAAGCAAGAGCUUAUGCCUGUCUGUCGGCAUUCAUUCCCAAAUAUCUUAACAACUUCUUCCUGAAGGACAACUCUGCAGUUAUACGGGAGUACCUGCUCAAGUUUUCUCAGCUAAUUACAUUCCAUGAUCCAGUGCUCUCCAGCCAUCUCCAGGAAAUCAACUUUAUACCAGAGCUGUUCGCCAUACCAUGGUUCCUCACCAUGUUCUCCCACGUAUUCCCUCUACACAAGAUUUUCCAUCUGUGGGACAAACUAUUACUGGGGGACGCCUCGUUUCCCCUCUACGUGGGGUUGGCAAUCCUGCAGCAGCUGCGGGAUACUCUGCUCUCUUCUGGCUUCAAUGAGUGCAUCCUCCUAUUCUCAGAUCUCCCAGAAGUGGACAUAGAACGAUGUGUCGCUGACUGUAUAGAACUUUACUGCAGCACACCGCGCAGUGUUACCUUCCGGGAACACGAGUUACCCAGUGUUGCCAAACCUGUUCUCAAUCCUGAACUGGAGCUGAGUGGUAUAUCUCUGGCUGAGCUACAGACUGAACUCUCGCCCCGCAUCAGCGGAGCCGACCUUGUGGAACUCCUCAACACCAAGUUCUCUCGGCCCAAAGUCUUCAUUGUUGACAUCCGCGAACGUGAAGACUACUGUGAGGAGGCUAUCCCUGGAAGUGUGAACAUCCCGGUGUCAGGGGUGGAUCUGGAGGCAGACAGCACGGAGGCGGUGGGAACAGCCAUCCCAGAGAGUCCUGAGUUGAGCAUUCUGUUUGGCAACAAGGGCAGGAUCAUCGUGGUGGGGGGAGGUGACAGCAUGGUAGACUCUGCCAAGUUCUGCAAACUGCUAGUUCAGUGCGGAUUCCCCAGAGUGUGCUGUCUGCACGGUGGCAUGGCUGCCCUUAGGUCAACGGAACUGCUUACUCCCAUCAUGCAGUAGUCACAUUGUGCAAGAUGGUGUAGUACAAAGAGGUUCUCCCCGAUUGUUUUGUCUGCAGAGCAUAUUGGCCACCCUCAGAUCAACUAAACUGCUUACUUCCAACACAGAUGCUUAUAAAAUCAUGGAGGUGCUAUAAUUCAGUGUGGAUUCCUCAAAGUUUGUCAUCUGUCUCCAUCAUGGUUACUAUGAGAUAAACUGAACUACUUACUCGUGAUCAACCAAACUCUCAUCAUAUUGGCACAUUGGUAUAAAAUCAUGCAAGCUGCUAUAGAUCAGUGUGGAUUACUCAAAUUAUGUCAUCUGUCUGCAUCAUGAUUACUAUGAGAUCAA